CGGGGAGAGUGGGCUCCACGACGGAGAAAGGGGUGACCAGGACACAGAUGAUGGACGCACGGACCUGGCGCGUGGGCUGGCGUUGUCUCCUCCUUCUGGUUAUCGUUGGGUCUACUCGAAGCGAAGGCGUGCAGAGCUGCGAAGAAGUUCGGAAACUUUUCCAGUGGCGCCUGGCGGGAGCAGUCAAGGGGCUGCCGGAUUCGCCGAGGGCAGGAUCCGAUCUUCAGGUUUGCAUAUCUGAAAAACCUACAUGUUGCACCAGGAAGAUGGAGGAGAGAUAUCACAUCGUAGCUCGGGAAGAUAUGCAGCAGGCACUUCAGACAUCCAGCUCUACAUUAAAGUUUCUAAUAUCUCGAAAUGCAGCUGCUUUUCAAGAAACCCUUGAAACUCUCAUCAGACAAGCAGAAAACUAUACCAGCAUCCUAUUUUGCAACACCUACAGGAACAUGGCCUUAGAGGCUGCUGCUACAGUUCAGGAGUUCUUCACUGAUGUAGGGCUCUAUCUAUUUGGUGCGGAUGUUAAUCCUGAAGAAUUUGUGAACAGAUUCUUUGACAGUCUUUUUCCUCUAGUCUACAAUUAUCUCAUUAACCCUGGUAUAACUGACAGUUCUUUGGAAUACUCGGAGUGCAUCCGGAUGGCUCGCCGGGACAUUAGUCCAUUUGGUAAUAUCCCCAAAAGAGUAAUGGGGCAGAUGGGGAGGUCGCUGCUGCCCAGCCGCACGUUGCUACAGGCACUGAAUCUGGGUAUUGAAGUCAUCAAUACCACAGACCAUCUGCACGUCUCCAAAGAGUGCGGCAGAGCUCUCCUGAGGAUGCAGUACUGUCCUCACUGCCAGGGCCUGAUGCUCAGCAAGCCCUGUAUGGGGUACUGCCUCAACGUCAUGAGAGGCUGCUUGGCAUACAUGGCAGAGCUCAAUCCACACUGGCAUGCAUACAUUCGGUCAUUGGAAGAGCUGUCGGAUGCCAUGCAUGGGACAUAUGACAUUGAACACGUGCUCCUGAACUUCCACCUGCUUGUUAAUGAUGCUGUGAUGCAGGCUCACCUCAAUGGACAAAAGUUAUCAGAACAGGUAAAUAAGAUUUGUGGCCGUCCAAUCAGAACACCCACACAAAGCCCCCGUUGUUCUUUUAAUGGGAGCAAAGAGAAGCAUGGAAUGAAGAUCUCUCCAAGAAACGGUGAAGAGACACUUGCCAGCAGAAGAAAAGAAUUUAUCAACAGCCUUCGACUUCAUAGGACAUUUUAUGGAGCCCUGGCUGAUCAGCUUUGUGUUAAUGACUUAGCUGCUGCUGAUGGACUGCCGUGCUGGAAUGGAGAAGAUAUAGUAAAAAGCUAUAAUCAGCCUGUGGUUGGAAAUGGAAUCAAAGCCCAGUCUGGAAAUCCUGAAGUCAAAGUCAAAGGAACGGACCCCGUGAUAAAUCAGAUAAUUGAUAAACUGAAGCAUGUUAUCCAGUUGUUACAGGGUAGAUCACCCAAACCAGACAAGUGGGAACUUCAGAUGGGCAGCGGUGGUGGCAUGGUUGAACAGAUCAGCGGGGACUGUGAUGAUGAAGAUGGUUGUGGAGGCUCAGGAAGUGGAGAAGUCAAGAGGACACUAAAAGUCACAGACUGGAUGCCAGAGGAGAUGAACCUCAGUGAUAUAAAGCAAAUCCAUCAAACAGAUGGUGAUAGUACUUUUGACACAACUGGAGCAGGAUGUACAGCAGCAACUGAGUCAAUGACAUUUACUCUGAUGGGAGCGGUGAUGAUACUUCCCAGGCUUUGGUAACUCAACUCUUCUGCCCCGAUAUCUAUAUAUGUCUUAUUGGAGUAUGAUUUCUCCCUUCUUCAUUUGAUUGGAUUAAGAGAUCUUUUUAAAUGUAACAGUUAUGUUUAUGAAAAGGUAUAUAACAUUAACCUCUUAGAAGCCAAGUUUGAAUGUUCACAAUGUAUCUAAAAAUCAAUUUUUAAAAGAUAGAUGGUUUGAAAACGUCUUUGAAUCUAAGUUAAGCUUUCUUAAAUUCUAACAUAUUAUACCUACAAAUGUGAAGAACACAGAAGUGACUUUGAUUAAGAAGGGUUUAGUAUAUCUGUAAUUUUAUUAUUCUAGAUCCCAAACCCCUUCCUUUUUAAAAGAAAAAUGUUUUGAAUUGAAGGUGUAUUUGCAAGACAAUGAAAACAGUAUAGCGUUUCUUAAAAUACUGGAAUUAGAAUUCUAUCAAAGAAAUUAAAACAAACAAUGGCAAUUAGUAUGCAUGCAUUUUCAAGAAAUUCUUCCAUUUUUGCAAGCUAUAGAAAGAAAUUACUCAAAGUCUGUAUGUUAUAGAGUAGAUUGCUGAGGAACGUUUUACAUAAUUUCAUUGAAGAAGCUUGAUAAUUUUUAGCCACUUAGCCACUGACAAACCUUAAAGCUGUGUAUUUUGGUAACAUCUGAUCUGUGUACCAUUAUAUUCAAAAUGCAAACUUUGAUACUGUGACUCUGUUCCUGCUUCUCUCUUUGCCUAAUGGAUUUAGCUAUGUUGCAAAGUACAUGCCUGCUCUAGGAACAUUUCUAAUAAAACCAUUAAUUAUUUGGUGGAAAA